AAGGUGAAGUGGGGCACAAACGUAUUUUUGGAAAUGACCGGCUGCACGCUUGCAUAACACUGCACACGCUUUUAUUUGAUACAUCAUAUCCAGAUAUCAUUAUCCUGAUAAACAUCUAAUUGCAUUACAAUUAGUCGCACUGACACGACGAACGCAAUUCGUAACCAAAAUAAGGUGCAUUGGUAAAUUCACUCCGGGCGCACUCUCCUCCACCCGGAAACUUCGGUAACUCAGAGCCUCGGCUGUGUCCGAAUGUCCUAUUCGACGGAAGUGAAACGUUCCGUCUCUUGACGCAGCGGUAGCGACAUCGGACGGAAUUUCCGAACGGAUCCCAAACACGAGGCCGUAAGCUAGGAUUGGCCUAAUCAUCGAAGUUUCUUCUCGAGCUGAAUAAAACAGCAGGAAACUGGAGGUUUGUGCGGCCGGCAGGUUAUACCCGGGUCGCGACUUUUCUUGGUUCUCUUUUCCUAACCUCUAACGGUGUCACCGCGUAAUCCAAAAUGUCAUCCAGUGGGAUUUUAACCAUACGAGCUCGAACGUGCAAGCGCCUGAUUCAGAAAUACCUCUCAAGAACCUAUACGUCUCGUCCGUCUCUCAACGAAGUGGUCAUUGCCAGUUCAGUCCGCACUCCAAUGGGCUCCUUUAGGGGCAGUCUGGCAGCUGUUCCGGCGACGAAACUUGGUUCUGUUGCUAUAAAGGGAGCAAUAGAUAAAGCAGGAAUAAAGCCUGAAGAUGUAAAUGAGGUCUACAUGGGAAAUGUGCUUCAAGCAGGCGAAGGACAGGCUCCCACCAGACAAGCUUUGCUUGGAGCAGGUUUGACACUUGGCACUCCAGCAACAACCAUCAAUAAAGUUUGUGCUUCUGGGAUGAAAUCAAUCAUGAUGGCAGCCCAGAGUCUAAUGUGUGGACACCAGAAUGUGAUGGUGGCGGGAGGUAUGGAGAGCAUGUCCAAUGUGCCUUAUGUGAUGGCGAGAGAAACACCAUCCUACGGUGGGAUUCAAAUGGAAGACCUCAUUGUUAAGGACGGACUCACUGAUGUCUACAAUAAAUUCCACAUGGGGAACUGUGCAGAGAACACCGCUAGGAACAGCAACAUCACCAGGGAAGAGCAAGACAGCUAUGCAAUCAGCUCAUACUCGCGCAGUAAAGCCGCAUACGAGUCAGGAGUGUUGGCCAAAGAGAUUGUUCCAGUUAGCGUCCCACAAAGAGGCAAACCUGAUGUAGUCGUGUCUGAGGAUGAGGAGUGGAGGAGAGUGGACUUCAGCAAAGUUCCCAAACUCAAGGCUGUGUUUCAGAAAGAGGGUGGCACAGUGACUGCAGCCAAUGCUAGCACUCUGAACGAUGGGGCUGCUGCCCUUGUAUUAAUGACAGCAGAGGCUGCAAAAAGACACAAUGUCACUCCACUGGCCAGGAUUGUAUCGUUUGCUGAUGCAGCUGUUGCACCAAUUGAUUUCCCCAUUGCGCCUGCAUUUGCUGUACCAAAAGUUCUGGAUGCAGCUGGGCUAACCAAAAAUGAUAUUGCCAUGUGGGAGAUCAACGAGGCCUUCAGUGUGGUUGUUCUGGCCAACAUUAAAAUGCUGGGCAUUGAUCCUGCGAAAGUGAACGUCAACGGGGGAGCCGUGUCACUGGGACACCCCAUUGGGAUGUCUGGAGCAAGAAUUGUAGGUCAUAUGGUGCACAACCUGAAGUCUGGCCAGUAUGGUCUGGCAGGCAUCUGCAAUGGAGGCGGUGGAGCCUCUUCUAUGAUUAUCCAAAGGUUUUAGAGGGGGAUGCUUCCCCUUCUUUUUAAUACCUUCUUUGAAAUGUGUGGUGAGGCCUUGUAGAGUCCAGAUUGUUUGCUAAUCUCCCACUUUGCCUGCAUUUCCCUCCCAAAAUGUAAAGUAUCUACCCAGCAAACAAGGACUCAACUCCUAUGAAAUCAUAACUCCAAUGUCACACUCCUUUGUUAAACACUUAGGUGGAGGCAAAAAAAAAACUCUGAGUUGAAAUAGCUAAAUAAAUAGUUUUUUAUAAAAGCAAUGUUGUGUUCAUAUAUUUUUUAAGUUGUGGACUGUUUAUCAUUAACAAGAAUGACUGCAGCCACUUUGAAAGUAACUUUUUUUUUUUAUUCAUUUCACAGUGAAUUCUUUUACAUCUUAAAAUUUGAGCUUCACUAAUUGUUCGUUUGUAGGUAUUUAUUUUUGCACCAUUAAAUACGUUUUUGGUCUCUGCA